CUGAAUCCACUCUGUCUGAUAUAAGAUUUUAACCACGACACUAGUACUGGUUCCACCAACCACUACAUAAGCAUCCUGUAUCCAACACUGUGACUCACACAGACUACACCAACUCAAUUGAACCAUUCUCUACCCAAACAAUUACCACACACACCCCUACCAAGUCAUCUACAUACACACACACACGCAAUAAACAACUUCCCACCAAAAUGUCCCCCAAAGAACCAACCUCAACCCUCUACGCCACCACCUUCCCCAUCCUCACCAGCAUCCUCAAAACCCUCCUCCACCUCCUCCGCACCGCCGAACGCACCCACUCCAACCCAUCUUCCCUCCUGCUCAACUCCCGCCUCCAUGCUACAAUGUACCCCCUCGCAGACCAAAUCCGCAUCGCGACAACCUUCUCCGUCCGUCUUUUCGCCCGUCUCACCAACCACCCGGAGGCAGACACGCUCCCCACAACCCUACUUCCAGAGGGUAACCCGCAAACCUUUGCGGAGUGCUACGAGCGUAUUGACAAAGUGCUGGAGCUUCUGAAAGAUGCGGAUAAUGAUGCUACGAAAGAGGUGGUGAAUGCUAAUGCGGAGACGGUGAAGCCUGCGCCCAUGGGGCCCGGGGUCGAGGUGGAUGUUACGAAUGCGCUGUAUGCGCAUACCAUGGUCCUGCCGAAUAUUUAUUUUCAUUUGAAUACUGCGUAUGGGAUUAUUAGGAUGGAGGGGGUGGAGAUUGGGAAGAGGGAUUUGUAUGUUGGGUUUGGGGAGUUGUGGCGGUAGUUUCAAUUUUGUGUGUGAGAUGGUGGGUGUACUGUAGAUUAAGUUGAGUUUGGGUGUUUGAUCUACUACAGUUUGUAGUUGUGAAUAUAUGUGGACUUCUCCUCUCCUUCGCUUUAUAGAGUUUGGCUCAUAGGGAGUAACGCAAAGUAAGUACUCAAGUGCAGCUACGGAGUACUAAGUACAUAUAGAAUGUAUGUUUCAUAGACCCCGGAAUGAUCUGCAUACUACCAUAAUAUCUUCAUACUGAUCCCAAGAAAAAAUAAGAAAAAGCAAAGGUACAUCCUAUUCAGUGCCCUCAACACAACUCGUACACGUCCUUGAUCAUCUUCUCAACGUCGCCGUCUCCAACCAGCGUUGGUUCAUCAAAUACCUUGCAGAGUGGGUUAUCUGCCUGCUGCACCUUGAGACCGUAGCUCUCUAUGUACGUGACAAAAUAAUAUUCCAC